GUGGUGAAGGAUGCAAGCGUAAGACUGCCUCUCGCUGUCCCAGCUGCUUCCCUGCCUCCCUCGUUCCCUCCCUCUCUCUCUCUCUCUCUCUGUCUCUCUCCCUCUGUGCUGCCCUGCCACUGUGGUGAUGGCACCAGGUAGGGCCAGAAGGAACGGGAGGAGGAAAUCGACCAAGAGGAAACUGCCGUCUCAGUAGAGAAACACACACCUACAGCCUUGAGCAUCUUCUUCCUCCUCUCCUCCUCCUCCUCCCCAGUGUUGGAUACCAGAGCAGCAGCAGAAGAUUCCUUUUAUUCUUUUUUUAUGUCUUUCUCUUUUUUUUGGGACUGCAUGUGUGAAAGAGAGAGACAGACAGACAGAGAAACACCCCCACCCCUCCACCGUCUCCACGUUUGCAUGAGGACAAGGUUUUCAUUCAAUUCCAUUUUCUGAAGAAGAAGAAGAAAAAAAAGGAUACCCCAGAUUCUUUAAGCCAUGGCGCACGCUGCAUCCCAGCUGAAGAAGAAAGCGGAUUUGGACCUCAAUGCUGCCGAGGAGGAGAAGGAGAAGGAGAGGAAGAGGAAGUCCAGGAAAAGGUCCCGGGAAGUGAAGAAAAAGACUGACAGCAAUGCCAGUUAUCUUCGAGCGGCCCGGUCUGGAAACCUCGAAAAAGCCCUCGAUUACCUGAAGUCCGGAGUGGACAUCAACAUCUGCAACCAGAAUGGCUUGAACGCUCUUCAUCUCGCCUCCAAAGAAGGCCAUGUGGAGGUUGUGACUCAGCUCAUUAAAAUGGGAGCCACUGUUGAUGCAGCAACCAAGAAAGGAAACACUGCUUUGCACAUAGCUUCCCUUGCCGGCCAGUCUGACGUGGUUAAAGAGCUGGUGACCAAUGGUGCCAACGUCAACGCUCAGUCUCAGAAUGGCUUCACGCCGCUUUACAUGGCUGCGCAGGAGAAUCACCUGGAUGUGGUGCGCUACCUGUUGGACAAUGGCUCCAGCCAGAGCAUCGCCACAGAGGACGGCUUCACCCCGCUGGCCGUGGCGCUGCAGCAGGGUCACGACCAGGUGGUCUCUCUGCUCCUGGAGAACGACACCAAAGGGAAAGUGCGGCUUCCUGCCCUCCACAUCGCCGCCCGCAAGGACGACACGAAGGCGGCUGCGCUGCUGCUGCAGAACGACCACAAUGCUGACGUGGAGUCCAAGAUGAUGGUGAAUAGAACGACAGAGAGCGGCUUUACUCCGCUGCACAUUGCAGCACACUAUGGCAACAUCAACGUCGCAACGCUACUCCUCAAUCGUGGAGCUGCGGUAGACUUCAAGGCCAGGAAUGACAUCACGCCUCUCCAUGUGGCAUCGAAGAGAGGAAACAGCAACAUGGUCAAGCUGUUGCUUGAGCGAGGAGCGCGGAUCGACGCCAAAACCAAGGACGGUCUAACGCCUCUCCACUGCGGAGCCAGAAGUGGUCAUGAACAGGUCGUGGAGAUGCUGCUGGACCGCGGAGCUCCGAUUCUCUCCAAGACCAAAAAUGGUCUGUCUCCGCUGCACAUGGCCACACAAGGCGAUCACCUGAACUGUGUCCAGCUCCUGCUCCAUCAUGAGGUGCCUGUAGACGAUGUCACCAACGAUUACCUGACCGCCCUGCAUGUGGCUGCCCACUGCGGACACUACAAAGUGGCCAAAGUCAUUGUGGACAAGAAGGCCAACCCCAAUGCCAAAGCACUGAAUGGAUUCACUCCUCUGCACAUCGCCUGCAAGAAGAACAGGAUCAAAGUGAUGGAGUUACUGCUGAAGCAUGGAGCCUCCAUUCAAGCGGUGACGGAGUCGGGUCUCACGCCGAUUCAUGUGGCUGCCUUCAUGGGACAUGAAAACAUUGUGACUCAGUUGAUGAAUCACGGAGCUUCGCCAAACACAACUAACGUUAGAGGAGAGACAGCGCUCCACAUGGCUGCCAGGGCUGGACAGACAGAGGUGGUCAAAUACCUGGUCCAGAACGGAGCGUAUGUUGACGCAAAGUCCAAGGAUGAUCAGACCCCUCUGCAUAUCUCCAGUCGUCUGGGGAAGCCUGAGAUCAUCCAGCAGCUGCUGCAGCAUGGAGCCUGUCCCGACUCCACCACCACGUCAGGAUACACACCCCUGCACCUGGCCGCCCGCGAGGGACACAAAGACGUGGCAUCCAUCUUACUGGAUCAGGGCGCUUCACUGGGCAUCACCACCAAGAAGGGAUUCACUCCGCUACAUGUGGCAGCUAAAUACGGCAAGAUUGAGGUAGCCAACCUUCUGCUGCAGAAGAGAGCGCCACCAGAUGCAUCUGGAAAGAGCGGACUAACUCCACUGCAUGUGGCUGCGCACUAUGAUAACCAGAAAGUGGCACUUCUUCUCCUGGACCAGGGAGCCUCCCCUCAUGCUGCUGCCAAGAAUGGCUACACACCUCUGCACAUAGCUGCCAAGAAAAAUCAGAUGGAGAUAGCCACCACACUGCUGGAGUACGGAGCAGACACCAAUGCCAUCACUCGGCAGGGCAUCAGUCCUCUUCACCUGGCUUCCCAGGAGGGUAACGUGGAUAUGGUCACCCUGCUGAUGGCCCGUGAUGCCACCAUCAGCCUUUGCAACAAGAGUGGCCUGACUCCUCUUCACUUGGCAGCACAAGAGGAUCGAGUGAACGUGGCCGAAGUGCUGGUGAACCACGGUGCCACUGUGGACCCUGAGACCAAGAUGGGGUACACCCCCCUGCAUGUCGCCUGUCACUAUGGCAAUGUGAAGAUGGUGCACUUCCUCCUGAAAAACCAGGCUAAAGUCAAUGCCAAAACUAAGAAUGGGUACACGCCCCUGCACCAGGCAGCACAGCAAGGCCACACACACAUCAUUAACCUCCUACUGCAGCACGGAGCGGCACCCAACGAACUCACAGUGAAUGGAAACACGGCUUUGUCCAUCGCCAGGCGACUGGGUUACAUCUCGGUGGUGGAUACUCUCAGGGUUGUGACAGAGGAGACUCUGACCACACUGACGGUUACCGAGAAGCAUAAGAUGAAUGUCCCAGAAACAAUGAACGAGGUUCUGGACAUGUCUGACGAUGAAGUUCGUAGAGCCAAUGUACCCGAAAUGCUCACUGAAGACUAUAUAUCAGAUGUUGACGAAGGUGAGGAUGCAAUGACUGGGGACACGGAUAAGUACCUGGGCCCUCAGGACCUGCGAGAGCUGGGUGACGACUCGCUGCCCCAGGAGGGCUAUGUUGGAUUCAGCAUCGGAGCCCGGACUGCAAGCCUGCGCUCCUUCAGUUCGGAUAGGUCCAACACACUGAACCGGAGCUCUUUCACCAGGGACAGCAUGAUGAUCGAGGAGAUCCUGGCGCCCACCAAGGACACGAGCGUCUGUAAAGAGAUGCCCUUCGUUGUUGAGCCCCAAAACAAGCACCUGGCUGCAGCCAAAGAUUUUGAUGCUGACUCCCUGAGGCGCUACAGCUGGACGGGCGACACCUUGGACAAUGUCAACCUGGUUUCAAGCCCCAUCCACUCAGGCGUUUCCUCUCCGCUCCCUCAGUAUGACUCCAGGUUCUUGGUCAGCUUCAUGGUGGACGCACGCGGCGGCUCCAUGAGGGGCAGCCGCCACAACGGCAUGCGCAUCAUCAUCCCGCCCCGCAAGUGCACAGCCCCCACUCGCAUCACCUGCCGCCUGGUCAAGAGACACAAGCUGGCCUCCCCGCCCCCUAUGGUGGAGGGAGAGGGGCUGGCCAGCCGCCUGGUGGAGGUGGGACCUGCCGGAGCUCACUUCCUGGGCCCAGUGAUAGUGGAGAUCCCUCAUUUCGGGUCCAUGAGAGGGAAGGAGCGCGAGCUGAUCAUUCUUAGAAGUGAGAACGGUGAGACAUGGAAGGAGCACCAGUACGACUGCAGGACUGAAGCCCUCAAUGAGCUGCUUAAUGGCAUGGAUGAAGAACUGGAGAGUCUAGAAGAGCUGGAAAAGAAGCGCAUCUGCAGGAUCAUCACUAAAGACUUCCCACAGUACUUUGCGGUGGUGUCUCGGAUCAAACAGGAGAGUAACCAGAUGGGUCCUGAGGGAGGGGUUCUGUCCAGCAUGACUGUUCCUCACGUCCAGGCCUCCUUCCCUGAGGGAGCUCUCACCAAGAAGAUCAGAGUUGGCCUUCAGGCCCAGCCAGUCCCAGAUGAGACAGUGAAGAAGAUCCUGGGUAACAGAGCCACGUUCAGCCCCAUAGUGACGGUGGAGCCACGCCGGAGAAAGUUCCACAAACCCAUCACCAUGACCAUUCCUGUGCCUCCACUCUCUGGUGAGGGUGUGACCAAUGGCUACAAAGGAGAUUCCACACCUUGCCUGCGUCUUCUCUGUAGUAUCACAGGUGGCACGUCCCCUGCCCAGUGGGAGGACAUUACUGGCACCACUCCGCUCACCUUUGUGAAUGACUGUGUCUCUUUCACUACCAAUGUAUCUGCCAGGUUUUGGCUUGCAGACUGCCAUCAGAUACCAGACACGGUAGGUCUGGCCACUCAGCUCUACAGAGAGCUCAUCUGUGUGCCCUACAUGGCCAAGUUUGUAGUGUUUGCCAAGAUGAACGACCCCGUUGAAUCCAAUCUGCGAUGCUUCUGCAUGACGGAUGACAAAGUGGACAAGACUCUGGAGCAGCAGGAGAACUUUGAAGAGGUGGCCAGAAGCAAAGACAUUGAGGUUUUGGAAGGAAAACCCAUCUAUGUGGACUGCUAUGGCAAUUUAACCCCUCUGACCAAAGCUGGGCAGCAACUACUUCUUAAUUUCUACGCAUUUAAAGAAAACAGACUCCCAUUCUGUGUGAAGAUCAGGGACAACAGCCAAGAGCCUUGUGGGCGACUGUCCUUCCUCAGGGAGCUGAAAACCUCAAAGGGAAUUCCCCAAACUGCUGUCUGUAAUCUAAACAUCACCCUGCCAGCGCUCAAAAAGGAUAUGGACUCAGAUGCCGAUGAAGAGACUGAAAAGCCAGAACGACGUCAUACCUUUGCAUCUCUAGCCUUACGUAAGCGCUACAGCUAUCUGACCGAGCCUGGAAUGAAAACAGUUGAACGAAGUACAACAAGAACACUGCCUGCUGGUUACCCUCACAAACCUGUCUUUUCAACAAGAUCUUACCAGGCAUGGUCGACUGCUCCUAUUACCGUCCCUGGGCAAACAAAAUGUGGACUGGGUUCCCUCUCCAGCUCACCUUCCAACACGCCAUCUGCUUCGCCAUUAAAGUCAGUCUGGUCAAUAUCCUCAGCUUCUCCACUCAAGUCCACCCUGGGAACCACAAACGUAUCUCCUGUUAAGUCUGUUACUGAUGUAGCAUCACCCAUUAGAACAUACAGAUCUAUCUCAUCUCCCAUAAAGACUGUUCUUCAGCAAGCCCAAUACACUGCUCCGGUUUCAACUGGUCUCAUUUCUUCACCUCUUAAAACCAGUACAGAUCCUGUGUCAAUAAAGGGACUUGCAGCUUCAUUAUCUUCAAGACCAAUCUCGGUGUCAUCACCUGGAUCCAUACUGGAUAGAACUUUCCCCUCAGUGACACCACCAGAAUCUCCAAAAUCAACAGCAAAUUUGUACACUUCUGCGUUAUCGUUCAAAUCAACCUUCGCUUCCUCAACCACCACAGUAGCAUCCCCCAUUAGAUCCUUGUCCAGUCUGUCAACACUCAGAACCUCUGCAGAUGGAGCUGCAGCUUCUAGGGGAACAAUUCUAUCAUCACUGUCAUCACCAGCAAAACCUGCUGUCGUCCCCACUGAAACAGCACUACUCAAUGGAUCAGUUUCACCCAUCAAAUACCCGUCUUCCUCUUCUGUGUCGUCCCGCCUAUUCUCAGGAGGAACUUGCAGUUUGCAAGAGAGGAUACAAGCUUCACAAGCAGCUGCAGCGAGUGCUUGCACAGCCUUCAGCGAGGCUGAAAAAACUCUUAUUGCCAGCACGACGCCAAGCUAUGAAACACUAAAAUCCAAGUCAUCUCCUUUAAGGUCAAAUGUGUCCAGUUCAGUUUAUGCAUCUCUUAGAUCCCCAGCUUCCACCAGCACACCUGUAACAUGUUCAAUGACGGUUCCAGUGUUCUCCCUAGUGAAUGUUCUACCUGAGCCCCAAGAAAGGAGAGUACCAGACAAAAUAACCAUUCCACCUCAGACACACACUCAAACACCAUCCUCUACUCCCAGAUCUAAACCCUCAAAACCCGCACUCUUCAUUCCCUCCGCAGCAUUUAAAGCAGCCACUGCCGCACAGCUCUCGUCCAGUCAGGAGAUUUUGAGGGAUGUGGCAGACAUGAAAGAGGAUCUGAUUAAAAUGACUGCCAUUUUGCAAACUGAUUCGGCUUCAGUAGCUAAAAGCUAUCAGUCUCAGGCUUCUAAGGAACCCAAAAUAGAUGAUGAGGAACCUUUCAGUCUUGUUGAAAAAGUUAAAGAAGAUCUUGUGAAAGUUAGUGAAAUCCUGACUAAGGAUGUUCUGAGUGAGGCAAAAGGCACUGUUAAAGACAAGGCUUCUGAGGAUGAAUGGGAAGAGUUUUCUAAAGAUGAAAUAGAAGAAGCUCAGCAAAGUGUCCUCAAAUCUCUACCUCCUUUUGAUCCUACCCUCCCAGUUAGACCACAGUCAGUGCAAGACAAAGAUCUCGAUUUAGCCAAGGUUGUUGACUACUUAGUGAAUGACAUUGGGGCUAGCUCACUUUCCAAAAUGUCUGGUGUAAAGAGUAAAUUCGAGGAAAUGAAAGAAGGAGAGGAAAAGCAAAAACGUGCCCUGAAACCUGAGCAUAAGCUCAAAAUGCCGCCUCCAGGCAUGCGCUCCUCUCCAUCCGAAAAAGAUUUGUGCAAAUUAGCUGAUUCCUACAGUGGUACAGAUGCCAUUUUGGAAUCCCCUGAUGAUUUUUCCCAUGAACAGGAUAAAAGCCCACUCUCAGACAGUGGUUUUGAAACCAGAAGCGAAAAGACACCCUCAGCUCCGCAAAGUGCAGAGAGCACAGGGCCCAAACCCCUCUUUACAGACGUUCCCAUUCCCCCAGUUAUAACAGAAACCAGAACAGAGGUUGUUCGUGUCAUUAGGAGUUAUGAACACCCUGAGGAGGCCUGUGAGCCCUUAAUGGAAGAAGCAGCAGCAGCGGCCUUGAACUCACCGGCUUGCAUUGAACCAGAGACGAUUGCUGGCUCUAUCAAAGAUAAAGUUAAAACAUUCCAGAUUAAAGUCAGUUCCGAUGAAGACUCUCUAGUGAGCAAAAGCAUGCGUCUGAAAGAGGAAACUCAUAUAACAACUACAACUAGAAUGGUGUACCACAAACCCCAGCUUAAAGAUGCAGGCUCUGACAGGAUUGAAGAAACAAUGUCAGUUCGAGACAUAAUGAAAGCCUUCCAGUCAGGCAGAGACCCCUCCAAAGAACUGGCUGGCUUGUUUGAACACAAGGCUGGUCAGGAUUCUAUCAAAGGGGAUGAAUUAACCCCACGGUUCCUUGAAAAGGACACUAAACCCAAAGUUGAAAGAAUAAUCGAGGUUCACAUUGAAAAGGGCAACACAACAGAUCCGACAGAAGUAAUUAUCAGAGAGACAAAGAAACACCCCGACUACGUAUGCAAAGGCAGCCGCGGCCUUAAAGAACUUUCUGAUAGGGUAGAGGGUGAUUACGAGGCUCUGCAGGAAGAGGAAGAGCUUGCUGAGGAAACACUGCCCUCUUUCUUGGAAACUUCUAGAGUCAAUACACCUUUGUCUCAAGAGGAGGACAGUCGACCCAGUUCAGCUCAGCUUAUUGCUGAUGACUCAUAUAAAGCUUUUAAACUCCUGACCCAGCACUCCAUUGAGUACCAUGAUGAUGAAUUAUCUGAGUUAAGGGGAGAGUCUUACAGAUUUGCUGAAAAAAUGCUCCUUUCUGAAAAAUUAGACGUAUCACAUUCUGAUACUGAGGACCCAGUGGCACACCAGGGACACGAAGUGACCCCUGAAAUGCAAGGAGCAGAAGGCUAUUAUGGGGAAAAAAGUCCUGGGGCCAGGAAAGAACAGACUUACAGGUCAGCACGAGACUCAUCAGAAAAAUCUGGUAAAUUUACUCAGAAAGAUGACCAGUAUGAUAAACUGACAGUCUUGCACUAUACUACAGAGCCUGGUAGCCCCAAACAUGCUGUCUGGAUGCGUUUCACCCAAGACAGGCAGGACAGGAAUAGAGAGAAACUCAUAUACGAAGAUCGUGUUGAUCGCACAGUUAAAGAGGCUGAGGAAAAACUGAGCGAAGUUUCACAGUUUUUCAGAGACAAAACAGAAAAGCUUAAUGAUGAGCUUCAGUCUCCUGAGAAAAAGCCACCCAUGAGAGAAUCGAGAGAGACACGGUCAGGUCCAAGCUCAGUGUGCAGCAGUCCUGAGAAAACAAAGCAAAAGAGUGAAUUAAGCUCCGAGGAGUGGAGUAAGGGAAGGCACAAAAUGUUUGGCAGCAUGAAUGAAAGGAAAAGUGCUAGUUUGCCAAGCAGCCCAGAGAGGUCUGUACAGACACGGUUAAAUGAAGACCAAUCAAAGCAGGAAAAGCAGGGUGAAACAUCUCCCCCAGUUCCAGUAAAGCCUUCCAAAGUCAGUUCUGUUCGGUUGAAGUUUGAAGCAGAGGCUCAAAAGCAAAGUAAAAGUAGUCCAACAGAACAAUCUAAACAACCUGUUAAAAAGUUUCAGGAAAGUAAAUUACCUGUGUAUCAGCUCUUUACUGGAUCCAAGACAUCUAAAACUGAUUCGAGUGAAGAAGAAAAAACCCUGAAAAAGGUUGCUGAGAGUGAGAAAAGUAAGUUAACCAUCGGACAAGGUUUAUAUGGUAGUAAAUGUGGAUCUGCAUCCUCAAAAGAACUAAAUGACAAAGUGUUGGAAGGUUCAGGCACCAUUUCCAGUAGCACAUCUAAAAAAAGGGCACAAUAUGAACAGGUUGCCAAAAGUUUCGAAUCUGACACAACUGAAAAGCUUGCUGAAGCCAAAGAGAAACAAAUCCGAGGAUCAUUAAAAGAUCUCAGUAGCCCUGUUGUGCAGAGUGCAAGUAGUGCUGACAAUAAAGGGCAGCAUCUGAAGUCGCCUGUCAAGGAGGUCAAAUCAGGUUUAGCCAUCAGAAAGGACCAUGCAGACAGUGAUGACUCACAGACGAAAAGUCUUAAAAAAAAGAUAGAGUCGCACAUUCCUGUGAGAUCACCUACUGGUCCUUCGGAGACUGAUCAAGCUAAGAAAUCAAAACAAGACACAAUAGCAAAGCAAUCUGAAAAAAGUACAUCACAUAUUCCUACCCUAUCUAAAACAAGAGUUCAAGGUCGCUCAGAGCUCUCCAAGGGAGACGUUGCUGCACGAAAGUCUCAGGAUUCUUUAGAGGGUAGUACUUCAAAGGAUUUGAGCUCCAGUAGCCUCAGUCCAGUGGAGAAGGUAUCUACAGUCACAACAAGAGAGAGUUUUAAAGGACUGAAAACAUUGCCAGUUUACGUUAGUGUGCAGGUAGGAAAACAAGGUGAGAAAGAUUCCCCAGGUGGGCAAAAUGGAUCAGUCAAAAAAAUUGUCACUUCAGAAAGCCGAACAAUUUAUGCAGUCAAACAGAGACAGCCAACAUCACCUCAAGGUAGCCCAGACGAUGACACACUCGAGCAGAUAUCGUUUCUUGAUAGUUCUGGUAAAAGUCCAAUGACACCAGAAACCCCCAGCAGUGAGGAAGUCAGUUACGACCUCACUUCUCGAACCCCUGACUCUUUCAUGCCAUUUAUACCAGGCAUUGCAAGCCCCAUUGCUGAGGUCUCAGAAGAAUCAGAGGACUCAGAGCAAGGCAAAGCAAGUUCAUUUAAGGAACUUCAACCAGAAAAGAUCAUAGUUCCUGAGCCACCCAAUGGGAGUCAGGAUACUGGACAGGCAGGUAAAGACAAACGAGUUGCAUACAUAGAGUUUCCCCCUCCCCCUCCCUUAGAUUCUGAUUCAUCACAACCCGAGAAAAAAGGAUCUUCCCCUUCCUCAGAGGCCGAGACUGAUAUGAUGGAGGUGAACCUCCAAGAGGAACAUGAUAAGCAUUUGCUUGCUGAGCCCAUAAUCAGAGUUCAGCCUCCUUCCCCUGUGCCCCCUGGGGCUAAUGACAGUGAUUCGAGUGAUGAUGAAUCAAUCUUUCAGCCCAUUCCUGUUAAGAAAUAUACCUUUAAGCUUGAUGAACAGAAGCAAGAAGAGAACGAAACCAAACCCAAAAAGAAUGACAAGAAUGGUAAUCAUAAAGAGCCAAAUGGGACAAAUGGCAAUGGCAAAGCCGAGGAUUAUGACUAUGAGCAAAAUGGCAAUGAUCAGUCUAUUACGGACUGCUCAAUAGCAACAACUGCCGAGUUCUCUCAUGAUACAGAUGCCACAGAGAUCGAUUCUCUGGAUGGAUAUGAUUUCCAGGACGAAGACGACGGACUUAAUGAUCUAAGUGAUGUAAAACCAUUUGGAUUUCCAACUGAAAACAGAAAGGACAUUUGGGCAUCAGAAAGUAUGCUUAGGCCUAGUGACCGUUCUUUCAGCCAAAGUAAACUUGAGGUUAUCGAGGAGGAAGCGCCAAUGGAAGAGUGCCAAAAAGCAAAAACAAAGAGUGAUUCUUCUGUUAAAAAAUCAGACAAUGGAAACGGCAAUGAAAGUGACAAGAAGCAGUCCAGGCAAGAGGGAUUGCCAGACACGUAUUUUAGCUACAAACUAGAUGAAGAAUUUAACACCCCUUUUAAAACUGUAGCUACAAAAGGCUUGGACUUUGAUCCUUGGUCGAGUAAAGGAGGAGACGAUGAAGUCGUUGAUGCUAGAAUUAAAGAUGAUGAGCCAAAGCCUUUUGGGUUAGCUGUUGACGACAAGUCUCAAACGACUACCCCUGACACGACUCCUGCAAGAACUCCGACAGAUGAAAGCACACCGACUAGCGAGCCUAACCCUUUCCCCUUCCACGAAGGGAAGAUGUUUGAGAUGACCCGCAGUGGUGCGAUUGACAUGAGCAAGCGGGAUUUUGUUGAAGAAAGGCUGCAGUUUUUUCAGAUUGGUCCUCAAAGUCCUUGUGAAAGGACGGACCUGCGAAUGGCUAUAGUUGCUGAUCAUCUUGGCCUGAGCUGGACUGAGCUGGCCAGGGAAAUGGAUUUCUCAGUUGACGAGAUAAAUCACAUCCGUGUGGAGAACCCCAACUCCCUGACAACUCAGAGUUUCAUGCUCUUAAAGAAAUGGGUUAACAGAGAUGGUAAAAAUGCUACAACGGAUGUCUUAACUGCAGCGCUGACAAAGAUCAAUCGGAUGGAUAUUGUGACAUUGCUGGAAGGGCCAAUAUUUGACUAUGGUAACAUUUCAGGCACAAGGUGUUUUGCAGAUGAUAACGCAGUUUUCCGGGAUCAGACUGAUGGUUACCACAGCAUCGAUCUGGAGCUGCAGAGCCCCACAGAGUUGAACUAUGAGCCCCCCACCCCUCUCCGACAGGAUGAUUUCUUUAGCGAGGACGGUAGUGUAGUCUCUCCCGGUAGAUCCCCUAUCAGACCCAGUGAACUGUCCCUGCCCGCCACCUCCAUGGACGCAGCCUCCUCCUCCAAUGCGACCCCCCCUACCGUUGUAGCCGAGGACACCCACCUGGGAGGUAGAGAGUCCUGCAGUCGAGAGGAAGACAUGGCAGUCGGCUCUGAGUCUAUGGCGUUCUUGGGAGCCCAGGAGAGUGAGGAAGCAUUCAAAGACUCAGAGGUGUUCACCCAACCCGCAGUACCUCAACCAGAGGUCUGUGAGCCGAGAGAGGGUGAGAGCGGCUGGUCUGGUUUUGACGAAGGAGAAGAAGAGCUGACCCAGGAGAAGCUCAAGUCUCUUCUGGAGGACAUUAAGCGGGAGGAAGGCUUUGAGGAUGUGGAGAUAACAGACGAAAGAGUGCAGGAGAUUCUGUCUCAAGUGGAGCAGGCAGAAAAGGAGUUGUCAUCUUCAUUCACAGGUUUGCAAAGCGAGCUGGCCAGCACUGAAAAGGAGACGUCGGUUUCAGGUCAAGGACUGCGCACCGAUGCACAGAAAGAGAGCAGCCAAAAGCCCACAUCCUCCUCCCCUGAACUGCAAGCCGAGAAGCAGAACGGAGAGCAUCCUCAGCACCAGGCCCAAGCUGGCUCACUGCCCGAGGACCAGGAGCCAACCACCAAGUUGAAGAGCAAAGUAGCAAAGGAUUCUGGGAAGGAGGAAGUGAGCAGAGAGGCAGCAGUGGACAGCACUAAAGAGGAGAGCACAGCAGAACCUAAAGCUCAGCAGGGAGCACAUAAAGACAAUGACUCCAGCUCGGAUGGGGAACACACAGUCACUACCAGGGUGUAUCGGCGAAGGGUGAUUUUGAAGGGUGAUCAGGCCAAAAACAUUCCUGGCGAGUCAGUGACAGAGGAGCAGUUCACAGAUGAAGAUGGAAACGUUGUUACCAGAAAAGUAAUCCGGAAAGUGGUGCGGCGAGUGGCCGGGACUGAAGAGAAGAGCGGAAAGAAGAAGAGGAGCAGGCGCUCCAGACAGGCCUCUAGGGCUGAGGAAGAGGAGGAAGGGCCCUCUAGGGAGCAUCCUGAGGUCGGAGAAGGAGCCAAGGGAAAGAAGAAAGAAGGGAGACAAAAGGAGAAAAAGGGUCAAUCAUAACAGCCGCUUGUUAAACAUGAUGUGCACUUGUUUCGUAAUUGUUUUCCUGGGAAUGAGAUCACUGGAAACGCAAUGGCAGAAGAUCAGUGAACGGGGAAUCGUGUGCAGCUUUCACAUAAACGCAUGGUUUUCUGGAAGAGGACCUUUUUUGAUUUCGCAUGAGCAUGAAAAAAAAAAAAACUCAUUCUUUCAGUCAGUGGCGCAGGACAUCCGGACGGUGCCGCGAGACCGCUGGUGGUGCGAAGCUUCUUCUGCGCUAAAUGGAGGAGAAGUGCUGGCGAUCAGACAAACACUGGUGGCGCCCAAGCAAUUCCGUGACCAAAGAUGGUAAAAAAAAAAGAGCAUCGUGGACUGACAGAAAGCUAGGGACACUUUUUUUAAUCACCUUCUCCACUCGCCUUACAUUUUCUUCUUCUCGGACCCAUAGCGUCAAGCUGUAUAAUGCUGUUUUUGGAGAUCUUGUACAUAAAUCAGAACUGUAUAAAUUCUAAUGAUACGUACACAAUUGUGAAUGCACUGGCAAGAGAGAUUUGAGAAUGAAUGGAAUGGAAUGAAAUGCUGAUGCUGAUUUCGACUUUUAGGAAACGCUUGGGUGUAACUUCACAUGUAUUUGUGUAAUUAUUUACAGAAAAACUGUUUUUACAUGAAAACAGGCUUGCUUGAUUUUAACAGCAGAACGUUUAUUUUGAAUUUACUGCACCUCUCAAUAAUGACGGCGAACAUGGGCGUAGCUCUAGUUCUGUUUUGAAGUUUCCUCAGAGUACCAAUAUUUUGAUGCAUGUGAUUCACCUUAUUUCUGAUUUCUUUUUAAGCCACAUAACCAGAGAAGUGAACAACUUUCAGGCUGUGUGCACACUCAUAGCCCUGCUGUUUGUCACUAACCUUGUUUUCUAAUCACACCACUGCACUGUCAGACUCACACAGAGGGAAUGGACACGAUUCAUGUAUUGCUUUGUAAGGAUUCACUGUGUCCCCACACGCAGCUAAAGGUUUCCUAUGCUAUGCAGUCACAGACGGGCCCGGAGCAGGAGAGAUCGGGCGAUUGUAUCAUGUCGACUGGCUCGCUGUAAACGUUUAACUGUUCUUAUAUGUAUUGGCUCUGAGAUGUAAAGGUCUUUCCCUAAGCCAAUUAUUUGUAAUCAUUCUAGCAGUGUUUAAAUAAGUUUCAAGGCUGCUGUGGUCUCAAUGGGGCAUUUUUCUUUGGGGUUUGGUGAAAUCUUUCCUUAUGUUGAGAACUCAGAAGAGAUCUCCUUCAGGCAUUCAUUGAUCGAUCCAAUAACAAACGUAUGACACACCAUACACUGGAUGAUUGAAUUAAUUAUUUAAGCUUAAAAUAAAUUGUGUUCAAACUCUCAGAA